AUGGCAAAAGAAAAAAACGAUGCAAACGCACUAUUGGCGAAAAAGAAAAAAGUGAAGCCACGGAAAUCCAGGGAUGCCGAUUGUUGCAGCGUUAACUUCCUCAAAUGUGUUCUUCAUAUAUUCAAUGUUAUAUAUUUGUUUGCAGGAGCGGGUGUUUUAUUGGUAGGUGCGUGGACGGUAACAUCGAGGCAUCGGUUCGUGUCCUUACUGCCGACAUUCACAUACCAGGCAAUAGCUUAUCUUUUAAUAUUAGCGGGGGCGCUGGGCCUUCCGCUGUGUGCAUUGGGAUGCUGCGGCCUCAAGACUGAGAAUAGAACCAGUUUAUUAUGUUAUACAUAUUUCCUGCUAAUAACGUUUAUCCUGGAGGCUGGUGCCGGUGGACUCGCCUACUACUAUCAGGUCGAGGUGGAACACGAGCUCAGAUCACAAUUAAAUAAAACUUUCAUAUCAAACUACGCGUUGGAUACUGAUGUCACUAACGCCGUGGACACUAUGCAAACAGAGUUUAAGUGUUGCGGCGCCGUUCGUUAUGAUGACUGGCGUAAAAGCGUGUGGCACGAACACGACCCUCGCCUCUUAGUGCCGGAAUCUUGCUGCAAGACGCCAACGAGCCGAUGUGGCGCCAGGGACCAUCCAUCCAAUAUAUACUAUAACGGUUGCAUCGACCACUUCACAAAUCACAUACGCGACAAUCUCAUAAUACUAGCCGCCGUCGGAGUUGGUAUGUCAGUUAUACCGAUAUUCGGGUUCUUCUUCUCUUGUAUUCUUUACGUAAGAAUCAAACACGUGAUUGAUUGA